AUGGUUGCCGACGGAUCUGGUCUUUACCCAGCCACCCCAGGAGGAAUAGGCCCUCCCGUUAUGAAUUCCACGACACCCUCGGCCCUUUCAAACGGUCGACCUGUUGCCCAGGUUCCUGGAUCCCGAAGAGCUUCUCAAGUUCUAGGUGUUGGUCGUAUUAACAUAGUCAAUAAUAGCAAGUAUUCCACGCCUCGACAGCCAGAUGCCAGAAUGUACGAUGAGCUUCAAAGAGGCUCCUCGCCAAGUCGAGUUGUUGACGAAGAUAAUGGAUACGGUCGUGCUUCGUCUUAUGUAUAUGGUGAGGAACGUGGCAACGACAGCAACAUUUUUGGCCGCCAGGCUCACUUUCAAGGCACCCUACAGUCCAAUAGCCAUGAUUUUGGCGACAGUUAUCAAGGCUACAAUGGCUCUCCGAUCUCUGCUGUUGGCACUCCUGCUCAUGGAUAUGUGAAUGGUAUGUCACUUGGCUUCGACCGCAUUGCGAGUGGCGGACGUAACGAGCAUUAUUUGAAUGGUAAUGGACACCAUCUCUCGUACUCUGGUGCCAAUGUUGCAUAUUUUGCUUCCUCAACUGAGACUAUUACACACAGCCCAAAUGUGUACCCACACUUCAACGAUGGUGAUGUUCGCAUCGUUUCGCCCUCGGGUAAAGUCUGGAAACUCCACAGUAUCAUUCUGAUGAAGGCAUCCCCCGUCUUCGCUUAUCUCUUGGAUACAAUUCCUGGAUACAAUGUGACCAGGCGUAUGAGGGAGCAGGGUAAUUGUGUUAGAUGGAACAUUACUAUGACUGCCGACCACCGUGCGAGUGAUAUCGAUCCUGAGGGUCUGAAGUACAUGAAGUUCGAUAAAAUCACUUCCAAGGACAGGAGUCUCACAAUCAUGGCAAACCACAAUGGCUUGGGCGAAGCUGCUGGGUAUAAUAAGCUGUAUGACAACUUCUUCCGAUGUGUCUACAACAUGGAACCAAACUUCACCAACGACAAUGAUCCUCAAGCUCGUGUGAUGAUCGUGGAUGCUACCACUCUCCUUCAAGCUGCAGUCUGGAUUGAUGCUGUUCCUUGUGUCCGUUUGAUCAUAGAAGCCAACUUCCUCCGUCUCAACCAAGCUCUCUGGAAGCAUAUCAGCGACAAGCCCGAAGGGUGGAUUCACGUUGCUUCACGUUUGCAGUCACCAUUGAUGUUCCGAGAGUGUUUGAUACACAUUGUUGGCAAAUACCAUUUGAAGAAUGGUAUUAAUAGGCAUUUUAUAACAAAGAGAGCUCAUGGGCCAUUGACACCAAAGAUAUGGGCUCUAAUUGUUCAGAAGGCCAAGGAACUGAAGGACAAGAAACUUCGAGUUGAGCGUGUCUUAAUGGAAUUCUAUCCGGUCCGCAUGAUCCACAAGGAGGAUAACGAGACUAUUCCCGGUCGUGCUAUCUACGCAGCUGAUAUCUAUCUCUGGCAAGCCCUAGUUGUCUUCCGCCAAUUCAUCACAUCGGCAUUCUUCAGUAAUUUCCACCACAAAGCCAAGGAUGGAGGUCUCGCAUUCUACCGUACCCUUGGAGCAGGCGACGCCACAUACCUCCGUGCGGAUACUCUUGACAAGUUCCACCAGAGCUUCGACAUGAGUCCCAAGGCUAAGGGUCUUCUCAUCGCUGCUCUUGAGCAGGUUAAGGCUGAAGCCAAGAACAUUGUUGCAGAACUCCUUGUUGACCGGUCUCAAUUGGUGCGGGGUCCCAAUGAUCGUCCACGGGGUCAUCUUACCUGCAUUGAGGUCUUGGAUGAAGAGAUGCCUUGGGUUGUGGUCGAGAAAGUUGAUCAUAACGUUGAUUCGGAGAUGGAUCAUGAAUACAGAUCUUAG